AUGUCUAAACAGAACACCUGUGCAGUGCCAGAGGCCCUUGCAAACGACAAUUGGUUUGGAUAUCCAACAGAGUUGCUGUACACCCACAAAGUGCGGUGGAUAGAAGCAGCGGCUGCCUCGCCUGUCUGGACUUCCGUUAUCAAUUACUACCUCGAGGCCGACCGAGGCAACUUGAUCGAAGAACACUUACAUCGGCCCGAACACAGGACAGCAAUCCGAGGCAAUGUGUCUUCCUUUAGCAUUCCAUGGGAAGAGGUACUUGCUGCACUGGCCCCCGAGACUCGGCAGAACGCCUCUUGGGAAAAGUUGCCUCACCCGCCACAUGUCCUCCAAGCUAUUGUAAAAGUUAAUGUGAAGGGUAUGUUAUACAAUGAGGCCAUCGAGUGGGUAGCAGGGGCACGCAUCCGACCAUGGGUCGUCAGUGCACUCUUGCAUCACCUCAUCGACAUGCAACAUCCAAUGUGUACCUCGCAUUUGUCGGCAGAGGAGGCAAAAACAGCAGUGACGCAGCGUGUGACUUUGAUCUAUGGGGUGGAAGAAACAAGGCCCAUAGUCGACUGGCAGCAACCUCCUUCACCUACUGUGCCAUCAAAAGGCGCAUACCCCUGCACGCGACGCCAGAGCAGCGCUCAGGCAGCAGCGAAUGUGAAUUCAGAACCAACCAUUUCAAAUAACGAGACUGACUCUCCAACGAUGAGCGGCCAGAGCUCGUCUCAGCCAGCGUCUGAGGUGCAACAUUUCAAGCCUUCUCGUGUGAAAACUGCAUCCCCAAAGAUCGUGUCCCAGCUGCAAUCCGAAGAGACAGCCUAUGUGUACAGCAAAACGUUUCCACAGCAUACAAGCCACAGCGAUGACAACGCAACCAUGCACGAUAUGCCAACCCACCGAACGCGCCAGAUGGUAGCAGAGCGAAAAGAUCAAGGCAGCCCUCAGGUGACAGCCGAAGUCAUAGCAGACUCGGCCUCGUCACAGGAGCAACAAGUUACAGUGUCAACACCUAGCCACAGCAAGUUACCAUUAGUGCAUGCAAAGCAUGAGCGGGAUGCCUCGCCGGACGACAACCCAUCGCGGCAGGUGAGAAGCCAGAGCAGCGCUCAGGCAACCACAGCAGACAAGAGCGAUGAAAAGGCCACAGCAGCUCGUCCGAGCCAUGCUAGGAAUUUCUUUGGUGCCAGUGGAGACGUAAGCCAGCCGCUGCCGCAGAAGCAUGCAACGCCCGAGUCAGUCCCAGACACAGCUUUGGAUGGCGAGUCCUUCGUAGGCAGUGUGAGACCCAAUGUAUUGUCACAAGAUUAUACGGGUGCAGAGUGGAAAGACCCCGACGUCGACAUGUUGUUGCAAUUAGGCAAUGGUACCUAA